AUGCCGAUGGGGAGGUUGGGUCGUGAAGAUGUGGAGAGAUCGUCUGCUGGUUCGGGUACAACUAUGCGUAUGGGUAUGCGUAUUCACGACUUGGAGGCCCAGACUACUGGCUCGUACCAGGCGACCGGGAGAGAGGCCGGUUGUAGUAAAGUGUACAUCUUACUGCAGGAGACUAGCAAAUGCAACGCCACAGUUGCUCAGCUGUUGGCAGAUAAUGGUGGACGGCAGAGGGUGAACAGGCCGCGUGUCGUCUUGAUUCGACUCGCGGUACAUUACACCGAGGACUGGAAUAUAGGCGUAGGCGGCACCUGUUCCGUUCGGGAUAAUGGAUCGCUACCGGCGCAGACGGACGCACUACGAAGAACAGCUUGGUGUGUUCCGCGAGCACAGGAGUCUUUUGUAGCGGUAAUUACCUGGGCCACGGUGGGCCCGUCAGUGCUGGUCGGCGGGAUCAUGCGCGGUGUGGAAAGUAUGGCUCUACUGCUCAAGCAGGAGAAGGUCCGGGGAGAAAGUGUGGGAAACCCCUGCGAAAGAAGCUUCAGCGGGGUCGGGUAA